AUGAUCGACGAAGAUCACCGACGCCAGCUGGAAACAGACAACAGGAAAAUUGAAUGCUCUUAUAUGGACAUUGACACUCUAUACCUUCAACUCCUUCUUUUGCUGAAGCAAGGAAUCUCCAAAGGGAUGAUGCCCAACUUCUACGAUGGCUCCCGUCCCACGAUGGUACCCACCAGCUCCAAUCUGCCGGUGCUACUGGGCAAUACCGUCAAUCAAGGGGAUGCAAACUCCAAGAAGUUGGCACACUUUGAUCUCGAAGCAACUCUGCAGACAAUCGAUAAUGAGGUGCUCGACGGCGAGGAAGGCAGCUGUCCGAUAUGCAACAAAACUUUCAGCCGUAAAACCUCUCUGCUCAACCACAUCCGUAAUCACUCGGCGGAAAAGAAAUACGUGUGCGAAUUUUGUCAAAAAGGAUUCACCCAGCAAGCUAACCUGCGUAACCAUGUUCGAAUUCACACGAACGAACGGCCAUACGUUUGCGUCGACUGUGGGAAAGCCUUUACUCAGAUUACCAAUCUGAAUAAUCAUAGGCGAUUGCAUACGGGCGAAAGACCGUACGUUUGUAUAGAAUCUAACUGUGGCCGCUCAUUUGCUCAGGUCACAAACUUAAAUAACCACAUGAAAACACACCACAAAACCACCCUGUACGUAUGCAAUCAGUGUCCGCGCAAAUUUAGCCAAGUUACUCAAUUGAACCUUCAUUUAAUUACCAACCACAGUUCGACUAGAGGAUUUUUCUGUCCGCAGUGCCCCGAUAAGUCUUUUAAGCAGCAGUCUCAUCUGCAGCAGCACAUGAAAAUACACGGGACCAAUUUCGGUUACUCGUGCACCAAGUGCGAGGAAAAGUUCAUACAAGAAUCUCACCUGCUGCUGCAUAUGAAGCAGCAUGGCGAUUACGCCUGCACCAUGUGCUCGAUGACAUUUAACGACGAGGUGCUGUUGAAGAAGCACGUGCAAAGGCACGUGGACGGGAGAUAUCUUACUUGUCCCGUGAUCAGCUGUAGCGAGGGUUUCACGAUGAAGAAUCACCUCACAAAGCACAUGCAGAUGCAUCACCCCGCUGUCGAUCUCAAGAAGCUAGGCGCCCAGCCCGGUGGCAAUAAGGCACCGAAACACUUCUGCCAUUAUCACAACUGUAACGAUUCGUUCGACACGGCGGACGGGCUGAGCAAUCAUUUGCGCAUUGCACAUGGGCUUCCGAUCGCGCUACCACUUUCACUGCCGGUAGACGACAAGAAGCUCAUCCAGCACGGUCUGCAUGGGUUGAAUGGGAUCGAAACACCUCCACCGCCACCCCAUCUGCUACAUUCGCAACUGCAUCCGGCCGCCACGGUGAUGAAUGCCAGCUUCCAGUCAUAUCAGAACCAGAUCAAUCAGGCAAAUCAACAGCAGCAAGCGAACACCGGCAAUGGAGACACCAAGCAAAAGGUUCUAUCGGUGUCGGAAUUGCUCAAUAUAAGCGAGCAAUUGAACCAACAGCAGCAACAAGUGCAAUCCCAUCAUCAGCACCAGCAGCAGCAGCAGCAGCAACAACACCUUCAUCAACAGCAGCUUCACCUGCAGCAACGACCAGACAUGGCCAUGAAAGUCGACCUCGAUCAUAACCUUGACGAUAAAAUGAGCAAUUUCAAUAGAAUUAAAACGGAGCUGCAGGCCAACAUGCUGGCUCAGACGCAAAACUUGUUCGGCAUCUCCAACACGCUCAACAACACCUUCAACGUGCAGCCGAAACUGAUCUGCACCUAUUGCUAUAACGUCUUCAAGACGCCCCAAACCUUAUCGCGGCACAUUGAAAAGUUUCACAGCUAA